CAAUUCUAAAACCCUCGCUACAACUUGCAAAGUUACAAGAUUCCAUCCCCUUUCUCGCCUGAAACCCCAGCCAUGGCGGUCACCGCGGAUUCCACCGCCGAGCAAGCGCCGAAUCCUGUUCCCCACGAUCCCUCGGAGGAAUCUCGCAAGGCUCCCGACCAAGCUGACCGUGAAGAGGCUAAUGAGGGCGAAUCUGAUGAGGAGUACGAUGCAGAGGAGCUGGACGAGCCGACAGCUGAAGCGGCGGAUAGGGAGGCGGUGCAGGCCGUGUUCCGUCGUCUGUCUUCCGAGCCGGUCAGCAUCCGCGUCCACGACGUUAUCAUCAUGGGUAAUUCCAAGACGCGUGACACGCUCAUCGAGGCGGAGGUCGCUGACCUCCUCCGCUCGGCCAGCACCGUGCAGGACCUGGUGCGCGCCUCCAGCCUUGCCAGCGGGCGAUUGCGCCGCCUCCAAGUGUUCGACUCCGUCACCAUCACCCUGGACGCCGGACCGCCCGAGUUGCCCGGCACUACUAACGUCGUCAUAGAAGUCGUGGAGGCGGCCAGUCCCAUAGCUGCAGACAUCGGCUGCUUUUCCAAGCCAGAGGCAAGAUCAUGGUCACUCGAAGGAUCACUCAAAUUGAAGAACCUAUUUGGUUAUGGGGACAUCUGGGAUGCUUCAGGAGCUUAUGGUUGGGACCAGUCAUCAGAGGUAGCCGUUGGAGUGUCGCUGCCAAGAUUUAAAUCAGUACCAACACCCUUGACGGCUCGGGCAUCAUUACUUUCCCAAGAUUGGCUUAAAUUUUCAUCAUACAAGGAACGUCUACUUGGACUUUCAUUUGGCCUGCUUUCAACCAGGCACCAUGACUUGUCUUAUAAUCUGACCUGGCAGACCUUAACUGACCCCUCACAAAUGGCAUCAAAGUCCAUAAGAAGGCAGUUAGGACAUAAUCUGCUCUCUGCGUUAACAUAUACACAUAAAAUAGACCAAAGAGAUUCCCAACUCCGGCCGACAAAAGGAUAUGCAUUUGUCUCAAGUUCUCAUAUUGGUGGUCUAUGGGACAUGAAAGGACUAAAAUUCUUCCGCCAGGAGUUUGAUGUUCGUGCUGCUGUUCCAUUCGGUUUUUACAACGCUGCCCUUAAUAUUGGUGUAGCAGCAGGGGUGAUUCUACCUUUGGGCAAAGGAUUUAUGGAAUUACCUUCGCCUGUGACCAACAGAUUUUUUCUUGGAGGCCAUUCUUCUCCUGUAUGCAGCCUUGGUGCGCUAUCAUCUUUGUUGGGUUUCAAAAUGAGAGGAGUUGGCCCAUCAGAGCCACGGAGAUUUGCCCCUAGCGAAUCUGUUAUGGAUGAUUCUGCUACAUCUCCAGGGAGGGAUUACUUAGGGGGUGAUCUUGCUGUCUCGGCAUUUGCUGAUCUAUCCUUCGAUUUGCCCCUAAAGCUAUUCAGAGAUGCUGGAAUAUAUGGCCAUGCAUUUCUUUCUGCUGGAAAUCUUGCCAAGUUGUCUGAGAGUGAGUUUAAGAAUUUCUCAUUUCCUGAGUUUGGGCGCACAUUCAGGAGCUCUGCUGGUGUUGGCCUUGUCUUGCCAACUAAACUUUUGCGGGUGGAGAUAAAUUACUGUUAUAUUCUGAAGAAAUUUGAGCAUGAUCGUGGAAAGACUGGAAUUCAGUUCAGCUUCUCCUCACCAUUGUAGAUGUUCGUAAAAAAAACUGCAGCAACUUCUCCUUGCCUGUUCGCCCAAUUGCACUAAACCAUUUAUCUUAUUUGCUGAAUCAGAUAGCUGUUUUAUGAAGUAGGAGAUCAGAUCAGUCUCGUUGUUCAGGCACAAAAUCUUGUGGUUCUGGAAGACUCAUUUGCUACUAGAUAUCAUUCAUAACCCUUACGCACGUCCUAUAAAUUGUGAUGGUCGAUACUUGUUUGCGUGCUCUGUAUUCUGACUAUUUUCGCUGUUAUGCUGAUAUCGAUGUGUCCUCAA